CGGUCCUUGCGCAGCGCUGGACUCGGGAGACGAGGCGGAGGAGGAGAGGUGCGGAGGUCGGCGAUCGCAGAGGGCGCUGGAGGCGGCGCUGGCCGACACCUGAGGGCGCACUAACGCCAGCAGCUGCGCGGGAGGAGAUGCAGGAGAGAGAGCGGCAACUACAGGGCCGGGUCACGGCGCUUGCGGCAGACUAUGAGAGGCUGGAGUCACAGCUAGCCGAGCUGGAGGGAGCGGAGUGCGGCGGCGAGGCGGGUGGCGCCGCCACGAGGGGCGAGCGUGCCGCACACAUCCUCAAGAAGUUCGCGAGUCAGCUGGAGCAAAAGCUAAAAGCACAGAAGGCCGACUUUGAGCUGGACCUGGAAUCGCGGCGUCUCAACCUCGAGGAAGCCCACCAGGGGGAGCUGACGCAGCUACGGGACGAGAAGACCAGACUGGAGCGAAAGUUGAACUUUAUUGAUCAACAGCACAAGGAGGAGCUGAGGAGGAAGGAGAACCUCCUCCUCUCGCGCUACAAGCAAGAGCAGCUAGCCGACAUGGCGGCCAUGUUGGCGAAGCAGAAGACAGAGCUCGAGGACUGCCACCAGAUGGAGCUAUCAGCGCGCAUAAAGUCGCUCGCGCAGGAGUCAGCGAAGAAAUCCGGAGAGUCGGACAAGAUGCGUCAGAAGCUGAUCGACGCGCUCGAGUCUUCCUACCAGGAGCUCGAGAUGAAGGAGUCGGAGCUGGAGGAGACGCGGCAGCAGCAGGAGCGAGAGAGGGGCAAGCAGGAGGAGGAGAAGGAGCGGCGGGAGCGGGAACGGGAGAGGCAGGAGCGAGAGAUCCGAGCGGAGUACGACGCGAGACUGCGCGCGGCUGAGGAGUCCGGCGUGGCGCGAGCGGGUUCGAUCACGAGCGACGAGGCGUAUCUGACCGACGGAAGCAAGCGGGAGGAAGGUAGCGGCAGCGGCAGCGGCGGAGGCGCCACAGCGCUGUUAACAGACACGAGUCACGAGGAGGAGGAGGAGGAAGAGGAAGGAGGAGAUGGAGGAGAGAGGGAGAGGAAGCUGGGGCAGGUGCUGCGCGCGCUGCGUCUACAGCGAGGCCUCGAGCGCGAGGUGUGGCGCGCCACCUCCUCCCUCGACCUCCUCCUCCCCGCGACCUCCUCCCUCGACCUCCUCCCUGGUGACCUCAUCAGCGACCCCAACGACCUGAAUGCAGAGAACUCGCGGCUCGUCGCCGCGGCAACGCGCAGCAUCCGCGCGGAGGGAGAGCGCUCCCUCCAGAUGGCGUUGCUGCGGCUCGACGCGCGCACGGAGCGCGAGGUGGCUGCCGUUGCCGUGGACAACGCGAUCGACGACGAGGAGCGGGCGCGCCAGCAGGUGGCGCUGCGGGCGGCGUGCGCCGACGCCGCGGACGCGCUGCGGCGAGACGCCGAGACGCGACUCGACGAUGAGGUCGCCGCGCUGGAGGUCAAGGUCGCGGCGCUGGAGGCGCGUCCGCCGCAGCUUCCCGUCGCCGACGACGACGACGACGGGAGGAUGCUUGACGUCGCGAUGGCGGAGUGUCGCACGGACAUCGCCGCGAUCCACGGCGAGCUGGCGGCGCGGCGAGAACGCGAGCUCCAGGGGGCGCCGCGCGACGCCGCCGCCGCCGUCGACGAGAAGUACGCUCGCUGGACGACUCGCGUCGACGCCGCGCUGUCCGCGCUGUCGGCAGCGCCACCUGGGAGGAGCUAA